AUGCGGCAGCCGCCGAGCCUCUAUGUGGAAUCGACAGAGCUUUCUGCCGACUCGGUCGAGUCGCAUCCGUUGCUACCGUACACAUUUGCAGUAUCCACUUACCAAGUAGACCAAGACACAGAGACAGAUGCAGCGAGUCCUUCGUAUUCACGGCGUGGCCGCUGCUGCUUACAUCGAGCCGUCCGCGACGAAGACGGCUUGCACUGCCAAGUGCUUGCCGCAGUCUCGGGCGCGGCGAUUCUCGAUACAAAAUGGUGUCUUGCCGGCAGCGCGAAUCCUGAGCAUGCGCUGGGGCUGCUGGGCAUUGCCGAUGCUACGGGGCACAUUACCUUGCAUCGCCUCGAAAAAGCAACCGAGCUGCAAUUUACGACGCAUGACACCUGGCAGAUGAAUGGGGAAAAUGCACUUUGUUUGAGCUUAGACUGGUCGGACCGCGCUCCGUUUGAAGAGACCUGCACACGCGCCGAUGCGCGCCUAAUUUGCAGCCAAAGCAACGGCAAGCUGGUCACCGUGCCGAGUGUCCACGCUGGGACAAAAAAUGGAAUUCCUCUUGGACUUGAGUCGUGGCUUGCGCAUGAGUAUGAGUCGUGGAUCGCCGCAUGGGACUGCUGGAGCAAUGGCGCCGUAGUUUGGAGCGGAGGCGACGAUCUAGCAUUGCGCGGCUGGGACCUGCGCCAGCCGAUGCACGACGGAGCGCGCCCAACUACAUUUUCCACAACAAAGUGUUUUCAGGGCGGCGUCACUUCGAUUCAAAGUCAUGCGUUCCGGCAGCACUGCUGGGCCGUUGGUAGCUACGAUGAGAAGCUGCGCAUUUUUGACGCACGCAACACACAGCGGCCCGUAAGUGAAACGGAGGUGGGUGGGGGGAUAUGGCGGACCAAGUGGCAUCCGACACGCCCCGACACGAUUUUACUGGGCUGCAUGCACGGGGGAUUUCAAGUAUUGCAGGAUACACAGCCUGCUGCGGAGGCUAUGGAGGUUGUGUGCCACUUUGAUGCACACAACAGUAUUGCAUAUGGGUGCGAUUGGGAACGGGGAAUGCUCCAAACGAACCCCGACGAGGACUUGGUCUAUAGCUGCUCCUUCUACGACGCGACGCUGCGGGUGUGGGCGUGGGCGUAG